AUGGCGCUGCCAUCUAUUUCCUUUCUAGAACUUUCCCACCAACCAAAGGGAGCGUCUUUCCCUGACACUGAAGGCAGAAAGAUGAAAAAUGGACUCAGACGGGCAAGGGUAGAAGGAUGGGCUUUUCCAAAGUGCCCCUGGGCCUCUCUGCUCCCACGGCAGGCAUUGGGAGCGUUACACGCACUUCAACGGGAGCAGAGUCAGGCCGGUGACAAGCACUCCCAGAAAUCCUACACCAACGCCCUGUGGCAGUUACCUAGUGCGGUUGCAGCCACAAGAAGUUUUGGUGGAAUCUCAUUUGACUCAACAAAGUCCUCUGAAGAAAGAGAUCGCUGCCAGGAAUGCAGUGCAUGUUUAAGUUGUACUCGAAGAUGCCUCUGUAUCUCCAUUAUUGCACUGCUUGCACUCGGCGUCAUAGGUGCUGUCAUUGGUUUUGCCGUCACCUUUGGACUCCCGCCACCCACUCCUGUGAACCGUUUGUGUGUGACUUCAGGUAACCAGACUGGCUUUUUGUGUGAUGACAGAGUGACUUGCCUUCCAGCCAGUCAGAUCUGCAACAGCAUCAGAGAGUGUGCUAAUGGAGAGGAUGAGCAGGAGAAAUUAUGUAAUGAUUUGCCCAGUAACCUUCCAGGAUACUUGAUCUUCCGCUGCAGCAACCCUGUGUACUGGAUCUAUGCUGAUCAGAAGUGUAAUGGUGCGAAUGACUGUGGAGACUGUUCUGAUGAAAAGGGGACCUUGGCUAACUGCCCUCCUUGCGGGACUCAGUGGUGGAGCUGCACACCGGUGUUUUUCGAGUAUUGCACCUGCAUUCCCAGGGCCCUCUGCCGAGACAGAAUCCAGCACUGCUCAGACUGGUCUGAUGAGUAUGCCUGCAAUAGAUGAAGUACCGAGAGCCAAGAGGUAGCUAUGCCUCCCAGGGCAUAGUCUGCAUUCUCACCUGCCAGCCUUCUCCUCCUGCUGCUUUAAUGCCCUGGGUUGAAGCUUUUGUCUGAAAAUGACACGGCCUAGUGGUUUCCUGACUACCCUGCAACAGCACUGAAAGAAGGAGAGGACAGGGGCGGCUCCAGGCACUAGCACAGCAAGCGCGUGCCUGGGGCAGCAAGCCGCAGGGGGAAGGCUGCUGGUCGCUGUGAGGGCAGCAGUCAGGCAGCACCCGUUUCUGCGGGAGAUCCGCCUGUCCCGCAUUUUCGGCGGCAAUUCGGCAGCGGGUACGACGAAGGCGCGGGACCGGCAGAUCACCCGCAGAACCGCCGCCAAAUCCACGUGACCGGCAGACCUCCCGCAGAAAUGCCGCCGAAGGCUGCCUGACUGCCGUGCUUGGGGCGGCACAAAACAUAGAGCCGCCCCUGGGAGAGGAGUACUAUAUAACAGACUCAGCACAGGACUGGGAGCCGCAAAUGACACAGUUCUAAGCCUGUGUCUCUUACUGACUCACUGUGUGAUCAUGGGCAAGUAGCUCACCUUGCUAUGUCUUGGUUUCCCCAUCUGUAAAAUGGGAAUAAUACUGCUCUAUCUCCCACCGUGUGGUGAUGGUUAACUAGUUACCACCUGUAAAGUACUUUGAUGAUACAGAGUGCUAGCUAUGGGUUGAGGUUGUGAUUGUUGAGUUGUAUAUGCAAGUCUGCAGGGAGAGGAGGGAAAUUACAGUAGACAGGGACUCUGUUUUUCUUUCCUUUUUAGGGAAAAAAACCUGACAAAUACAGAUUAAGUAUCAACUAAAAUAAUAAUAAGACCAAUAGGUGACCUCACACUCUUUUUGGUUUUGAUAACAGCAGUCAUUGCUAAUUGAUCACUAAUCUGUUAGCAUGAAAGGAGGAGAAAUUCCCUGAGUCUUUUAUAGCUCUCAACUAUAUGA